UAUUUUCCGGAGACCUUCCUUUUUGAACAUAUAGCAGUGGGGGUGGAAGGCAGUGCCGAACUCCAUAAGAAGACUCCAGACACUAUCACAGACUGGAUUGGGGGAGCAGUAUGUUUGGGUCCCAGUGGAUUUGGCCUUUCUCCUCCUGCCUCACUUCGAGUCUUCAAGCCAUUCUUUGUGGAUCUAACCCUCCCAUACUCUGUAGUCCGGGGAGAAACAUUUACCCUAAAAGCUUCUACAUUUAACUACAUGAAGAACCCUAUGGAGAUUCGGACCACAUUGUACAUCAGCAGUGACUUAGAAGAGAUGCUAUGUGAAGAAUGUCGUCACAGCAGCUGUAUAGGAGCAGAUGAGAGCGAAACCUUCUCCUGG